CACGUUCUUGAAGAGUUAUAAACAAAAUUAUUUGUUUUCUUCUUAUAUGAAAAACAAUUUAUAAAUUUUCAAAUAAAAUUAAAUUUUAACUAUGACUGCUGAAGUUGCAACAAACAGUGAAGAUUGGUCGAUUUCCUGUGUAUCGGACGGGGAAGACUUCGCUCCAUCCGCCGAAGAACUCGAAACUUAUUACCUUGCACUAGAAAAUGGAAAUAUUCCCGAAUUACAAUGGCAAUGUCCAGGCAGACGAGCUCCUUCUCCCAUAAACAACAAAGAAGAACCUAAAGUUAGCGAAACUGUGGAAAAAGAAGCUCCGGCUAAAAAUGAUUUUGAUUUUAUGGACGAUGUUGCUUUACCACAAAUGCGUGUACGAAGUCAAAAUUCAACACCAAAAUCAGCCAAAAAGAAGACUGCCAAUUUUGCUGGCGUCAUUGAAUCAUUGAAAAAGCAAAUGUUAUCACAGACCAAGGAAGGCUCAUGAGGUUUAUUUCCACUUUCUGUUUCUCGAAAGAAAGUUUCGGAUUUAGAUUUAGAUCUAGAUUUCAGAUAAUAAUAUUAAUUGAUUGCUUAUAAAUCGAAAUAGUUUUAAAUGAGGCUUCUCAGAAAGCCCCUUUAUGUAGAUACCCGAAAUGUAAUUAUAAUUAUUAAUUAAAUUGGCACAAACACAUUAUUUUAUUUCGC